AUGCCACAUCAUUUAACUUCUUUUGUUGCUGCUUUAACUGGAUCUAUUAGUUCAGGGACAUGUUGUGGUUGUAUUCCUUUUACCUUUUCUCCUGCUGUUACUCCCGUUGUUACUUCUUCAACUGCUCCUUUGUCAGCAGCUUUGCCAAACACAGUACUACCUGCAGCAGUAGCAUCACAAAGUGCAGUCUCUUCAACUCCCGUCUUAACAAGUGUUAUGACAUUUUUUGCUCCUCUUUUAACUUUUUAUAAAAAGUACAGUAUUUUUGAAGGACCAUUAGAAAAUAGUAAAUCAAAAGUUGACAAAAAAUGCCAAUGUGAUUUAAUUGAUACAAAUGGACAAACAUGUCACGAUUAUACUAAUGAAAUAGAACAAAAUUACCAAAAUGAGAAAGAGAAUUUAGAUAUUAAUAUAAUUAACGAAAAUACUUCUAGUGAAAAUGAUAUAAUUAAUGAAAGUAACAUAAAUAUUAAUGAUGAAAUGCUUAAAGAAGAAAUUAUCUCAUUAAAUCAUGAAAGAUCUUUAACAACUAGUGAAUAUUCUAUGCAUUCCUUUCUAGAAGAAAAAGAAAUAGAUAUUUUUAAAAACGCAGAUAGUAGUUAA